GCUUAUCAAACCGCAAUAAAAGGGAAAAAGAAGAAAGGGCUAAGAAAAGCAGUCCACAAAAGAAGUCCAUGGCGGAAUGAAGAGUGAAGCAAGGCAGUACUAAAUAGAAAUCAAGCACUCAGGACGAUUUUCACUAAUGGGUCGGAGCGAAGCUGCUACCAGAUGUCAUAGGUCUAAGAGCAGACACAAAGAAGAGAGAAAAUCCAGAUCCUUGUCAUCUUCAGGCAUCGGCAGACAAAGUCCAAGUCCACAAAAGAAACAUGAACGGACCUCUGAGAAGAUGAAAAGGAGGAGGAGUCCUUCAACCUCUUCAUCAUCUUCAAGCUCCUCUAUCUCAUCCAGUGAAAAAGAGGCCAAGAAGAAGAAGAAGAAGAAACACAGAGAAGCCAAAAAGAAAAUGAAGCAUAAGAAGAAAAAGGAGAAAAGAGAAAAGAAGUUGCAAAAAAAACUUUCAGAGAAAGCUGUAAGAGAGGAAGUGGCAGCUUCUGUUCAGACUCCUGUUUCAGUUGGUCCCCAAAAAUUCCUGCAGACCUGGCAGAGUGAAGAGUCUAAAGAACAUGGCCCUGUCAUGACUGAUGAACAAAUGGCCAGACUUCACACCAAGAGACCAUUGACAAAGGAGGAAUAUGAGGCCAGGCAAAGUGUCAUUCGUCGGGUCUACGACUCUGAGACAGGCCGUACCAGGCUUAUUCGAGGAGAUGGAGAAAUUUUAGAAGAGAUUGUCAGCCAGGAAAGACACAAAGAAAUCAACAAGGUGCAGUGCAUGUCUUAAAUUCAAGCAACUAGAGGAGAUGGUGAUGCCUUCCAGAAGAGAUUAGGGAUCAGCAGGUAGCGAGACUGAAACCAAUUUUAAAACCAAUUUGAAUGAUCCUGUAGAUCUUAAGACUGGACUGUGAAAAUCUUUCAAGUAUCCUCCUCCUGCAUUCUACCAGAAUUCAGCAAUUUUCUAUUCAGAUACUCUUUUGUUUCCGUGUUAUUCUUCUGACAAAAGGUAAUUCUUACAGGCUGUUUUUUCUGCUACACUUAGUUGGCCAGUCAUAACUAAAUGUAAUCGAAAUGUGGUUCUUUUAUGUCAGCAGUUCAAACUUCAUGUAAUGCAUAUUUAAUAAUAUGCAUAGUAACAAUUUACUUUUUGCUGUUCCUUUUUAAUUAAAAUUGACAUUUUCCAUUUGGAAACAUGGUAUAUAAGAUGGCAUACAAAAA